AUGCCAUUUUCGGAAAAACUUGAUAGAGAGUACACUUUACCUCAGUCCCACACGAGGCGCGAAAUGCCACCACGGAGAUUACGAACAUGGACGGCGGGUUUUGCUGUCGUUGCCUUUCUUUAUUUUGCAUGGAGCUACAGUCAUGGCACAGAGCUGGUCGCGCCUUUACACAUCGCAGAUCAGUGGUCUGCGAGAUCUGACGGACGUGUAGACUGUGGGAGAGGAAGAGAGAGGUUGGAACAGGGUGAGACGGGUAUGCAGCAAGUGGUGGAUAAGCAAUUAGUUCCUUUGGAGGCCCAUAUAAUGAGCAAGUGUCCAGAUGCACAGGAAUGUCUAAAAUUGCUCGUCUUACCAACUAUGCAACGGGUAGUCGACAAAGUAAACUUUACCCUCUCUUUUAUCGGCGCAACAACCGACAAUGACGGCGUAUCCUGCAAACAUGGUCCACCAGAAUGUCUGGGGAAUAUAAUAGAGCUUUGCGCUGCUUCCCUAUACGCUGAUCCGAAAAUCAGCCUCGGAUUCACAAUGUGCCUUGAACGCGAGUACCAGAACAUCCCAGACAAGUCUCUUUUGGAAGAUUGUGCGUUGGAACACGGAAUCGAUUUCGAGAAGUUGACCGAAUGUGGCGAGGAAGAUAAUGGUGGGAAAGGAGUCGGACUUCUAAGAGAUUCUGUGAGAAGAAGCACCGACGCUGGGGUUACAAAAAGCUGUACUGUUCGCCUUGAUGAAGAGAUCUACUGCGUUCGAGAUGGUGGCCAAUGGAAGGACUGUCCUUCUGGCGCGGGUGUGAAUGACCUGGUUCUGGCUAUCGAGAAGAAGUAUCGAGCUUCAGAGGCUGGAACACCUCAGUCCACAGCUCACUAG